AUGCUUACAAAAGAAGGAGCGAUGUCUUUCUCCCAGUUUGGAUACCCUUAUAAUGCAACUUCACAGUUUUUCGUGUCGGCAAACCCCAGUACGACUUGCUGCGAUUCGAUUUCCAGGUCGGUGCCGCCGGACGGCUCCACCGGAGGAGCCCAGACCCCCGCAGCCGUAGCGGCGGCCGCCGCAGCCGCCUCCUUCUGCUGUCCCGCGCCCUACGAGAACCGGCUGCUGGCCGGGAGCCGCAGCGAACUCAACGCGGCUGCUCUAGGCGUGUAUGGCUCCCCCUACGCGGCGGCGGCUGCAGCCAGCCAGAACUACGCCAACUACUUCCCCUACGGAACAGACCCCUCCGCCGCCAUCUACUCCUCUCUGAAUCCACAGUACGACAUGAAGGAGACUGCGGGCACUUUACACUCUGGAAUUAGUCAAACGGCUGGUUACUAUCCCUAUGAUCCAUCGCUAGGCCAGUAUCAAUAUGACAGAUACGGGACGGUGGACUUUAACAGCACAGCCAGACGAAAGAAUGCCACCAGAGAGACCACGAGCACCUUGAAAACAUGGCUCUAUGAGCACCGCAAGAACCCAUACCCCACCAAGGGAGAGAAAAUCAUGCUUGCUAUUAUCACCAAAAUGACCCUUACCCAGGUCUCAACUUGGUUUGCUAACGCCCGCCGGAGACUUAAGAAGGAGAAUAAGAUGACUUGGUCGCCCAAGAACAAGGCUGGUGAUGACAGGAAGGACGACAUCAGCAAAAGCGAGCAUGACUGUCUCACCAAAGAUUCCAGUGACUGUAAAGAAGAAAAAGAUUUGCAUCUAAGCGAUUUGGACGACAUGGAUGAAGAAGAGUGUGACAAGCUGGAUGGCGAAUGUGAAAAAGUGGGAACAGACGAGAACAUUACGCUCCCCAUCUCAACCCUCAAGAGAGACUGCACCUCAGAACUCCACUUGAACGUAUCAAACAGCUUCCACCACGCCUUCCCCUGCACAAUCAAAACCACCCUCCCGACACUUCCCGCUGACUUCCUAGAUCCCGUAGCGUCCAAGACCCCAUCUAGUGCAGGAACCUUGACCUUGUCUCACUGUGAAGCAUCAGACAAGCCUCGGAUUUGGUCUCUAGCCCGGACAGCAGCGUCGGGCGUUAUUUUGAGCCCGCAGCACGCGACCGAGCUCAGGACAAGCAACCAGAGUGGCGACUGCCAGCUCCAGAGGUUGACUGGUGCCCCAGGAGUUCCCAGUGGACAAUGCGGGCUCAUGAGAGGCCUCCAGGAAGUUAAUAGCAUACCAGGCGGUGUGAACACAUUUCCUGAGGCACCUCCUUUGCACUCUAAAGUCUAUGGCCCAGGCAGCUACAAUCACAAGGGCCUCCAGUUGCACUGUCCAUCCUAUUCCACCCUUACAGAUACAUGCCAAUAUUCCGCUACUGAAGGAUUCCCUGGCACUAAGGCAGUAGAGACGUCAUCAGACAUCAGCCAAACUUGUAUAACCUUGCAUGACGACAAGGUCACCGCGUUCAGGCCAGUGAUGAAAAGGUGA